AGGGUGGACUAGCCUUCUCCAGGCAGGCAGGAUGCUGGAGGAACAGAUGCUCCCAACCAAACUGCCUCCUUUUCUCUCAGUCACCAGCAAUUCCUUUCUAUCACGAUGAUUGCUUUUUUUUCUCCCUUCCUCUUCCUUGCUUCUUCCAUCCCUCCAUGCUGAGUUCAGGGCCUUGUGUAUGCUAGAGAAAUGCUUUACCACUGAGCUAUAUCCACAGACCGACCUUUUAUCAGUGAGACUCCGUAGCCAGGAUGGAGGCUGUUGUAAAUUUGUAUCAGGAGGUGAUGAAACAUGCAGAUCCCCGGAUCCAGAACUACCCUCUGAUGGGAUCCCCCUUGCUAAUGACCUCUAUCCUCCUGAGCUAUGUGUAUUUCGUCCUCUCACUUGGGCCUCGAAUCAUGGCUAAUCGGAAGCCCUUUCAACUCCGUGGCUUCAUGGUUGUCUACAACUUCUCACUCGUGGCACUCUCCCUCUACAUUGUCCAUGAGUUCCUGAUGUCUGGCUGGCUGAGUACCUACACCUGGCGCUGUGACCCUGUUGACUAUUCCAACAGCCCUGAGGCGCUUCGGAUGGUUCGAGUGGCCUGGGUCUUCCUGUUCUCCAAAUACAUUGAACUGAUGGACACAGUCAUCUUUAUUCUCCGAAAGAAAGAUGGACAGGUGACCUUUCUACAUGUCUUCCAUCACUCAGUGCUUCCCUGGAGCUGGUGGUGGGGGAUAAAGUUUGCUCCAGGAGGAAUGGGCUCUUUCCAUGCUAUGAUAAACUCCUCUGUACACGUUAUCAUGUACCUGUAUUAUGGAUUGUCUGCCCUUGGCCCUGUGGCUCAGCCCUACCUUUGGUGGAAGAAACACAUGACAGCCAUUCAGCUGGUCCAGUUUGUCCUGGUCUCACUGCACAUCAGCCAGUACUAUUUCAUGCCUAGCUGCAACUACCAGUACCCGAUCAUCAUCCACCUCAUCUGGAUGUAUGGCACCAUCUUCUUCGUGCUGUUCUCCAAUUUCUGGUAUCACUCUUAUACCAAGGGCAAGAGGCUGCCCCGUGCAGUUCAGCAAAAUGGAACCCCAGGCAUCACCAAAGUCAAGGCCAACUGAGAAGCAUGGCCUAGAUAGCGCCCACCUAAGUGCCUCAGGACUGCACCUUGGGCAGCAUCCAUCAGUGUCCUCUCCACCUACGCCUAUGACCAGGGCUCAUGUGGUAAGGACUAAGAUGGAAGACUGGCUCUCCCUUCCCCAGCUGGUCUACAGACACCAUUGCUUCUAUUCCUUCUCCCAGCCAGCUCCAGGGAUGUGGCCUCACAGCCCCCUGCAAGCAGUGCUGGGGGCUGAAAGGGCUGGACGCUCCCCUCCCUGCCUUAAACUUGGGAGAGGAACACUCAGGGCUGGCCCCCACCAGGGUCUUGUGGUCAUUCUCCUCACACUGAAGAGGUCAGCAAUAAUCUGUCACUCCCUCGAUCCUGAAGCAGGAGCUUCUGGGCCAAAGGUCAGGGUGGGCAGCAGGCCUGGCAAUACAGGCUGUGUACUCACUUGUGUCUUAAUUAAAGUGACAGAGGAAAUCACU